UGUUGGCGGGCGGCCCCUCCCUCGCCCCGUGGCUGCGUGUGCGCGGGCUCCGUCCCGGGGCGCUGACAGGGCGGCGCUGCUCGCUGGGGGCGGCCGAGCUUCGGGGGGGGGCUCUUCUUUCCUCUCAGUCCUUUUGGGGGACCCCAGCGGUGUGCCGGCCUGCAGAGCAUCCUCUGGCUGGUGCUGCUGCUCUGUCCCUGCGUGAGCAAAAGCAGCGUGGCCUGCAGGGCGAGGGAGGGGAUUCUGCCCUCUGUCCCUCUCUUGCGAGACCUCAUCUGCAGUCCUGUGUCCAGGUCUGGAAUCCUCAACGUAAGAAGGAGAUGGAACUGUUGGAACGGGUCCAGAGGAGGUUACAAAGAGGGUUGGAGGGCUGGAGCGCCUACCAUCCCAGGACAGGGUGCCGGCCUCGCAGGCAGCUGGGGACACAGCAUGGUGCCAGCGCUGGCGCUGUGGCUGUGCCUGGCGCUGGGCACGGCCAGCAGGCAGAGCGCGGCACCGGAGCCCCUGGCAGGCGGGCAGCCCUUCGCUGUGGUGUGGAACAUCCCCUCUGGCCGCUGCCAGCGCCGCUUCGGUGUGGGGCUGCCGCUCGGCGACUAUGGCAUCGUGGAGAACCGGGAUGGCCACUUCACCGGCCAGAACAUCACCAUCUUCUACAAGAACAAGUUUGGGCUGUACCCCUACCUGUCGCGGCAGGGCAUCCCCCACAAUGGGGGCAUUCCCCAGCGGGUCCCCCUCGGCGCCCACCUCGCCAGGGCGGCCAAGGACAUCCACCACCUCCUGCGCCCUGCUUUCUACGGUCUGGCUGUCGUGGACUGGGAGGAGUGGAAGCCUCUCUGGACCCAAAACUGGGGGUCCAAGCGCAUCUAUCGGGCGGCCUCAGAGCAGUGGGUGCAGGACCGACACGGGCUCCUGCCAGCACGGUGGCAGCGCCGGCUGGCUCAGCGGGAGUUUGAGCAGGCGGCGCAGGCUCUGAUGGAGGAGACGCUUCUGUUGGGUCAAACUGUGCACCCAGAGGGGCUCUGGGGCUUCUAUGGCUUUCCUGACUGCCUCAACCGCAACUGGGCCAAGUAUGCCAACUACACUGGGCAGUGCCAGCCGGCAGAGGUGCAGCGCAACAACCAGCUGGGCUGGCUCUGGGCCGCCUCGGCUGCCCUCUACCCCAGCAUCUACCUUCCGCCAGCGCUGCCGCCCACCCUGCGCCGCCGCUAUGUGCACCACCGCCUGCGCGAGGCUCUGCGCGUGGCCACCUUCGGGGCCAGUGGGCUCCUGCCCGUGGUCGCCUACUCCCGCCUCUCCUUCCGCCGCUCACCCCGAUUCCUGGAGCUGGCUGAUCUGGUGGACACCAUCGGGGAGAGCGCAGCGCUGGGUGCAGCCGGACUCGUGCUCUGGGGAGACCUGUCGUACUCCCGCUCAGCUGAAAGCUGUGCCAGCCUGCGCCACUACCUCGUGUCCACCCUGGGUCCCUACGUGGCCAACGUGACGGCGGCAGCUCAGCAGUGCAGUGACAGGCAGUGCCAUGGGCACGGGCGCUGCGUGCGCCGGCAGCCGCACGACCUGGGCAGCCUCCUGCACCUUGGCUCUGGCACCGCCUCGCUGGGCUUUUUCCGCUGCCACUGUUACCGUGGCUGGUCCGGCGAGGGCUGUGCCCGGCGAGUCCAGCCCAGCCCUGCCACCUCCUGCCUGGCACCUGUUCACAGCGUCUACAGGCACAAUGACCUCCCGCCGCCCAACACCUGCCUGCCACGGGCUGCGUGGGGCUGGUGACCACGGUCAUGGACCACUGCAGUCCCCCACCUUGGCAGGGCUACAAUCUCAUUAACUUAAAUAAAUCCUGGCACAGUUAGCAUGGUCCUUGUGGGCAAAGUUGG